AUGAGGGAAAAUGACGAGCUAACUGCUGCCGAAAUAAAGCAGAAAUUAUCAGAGGAAUUUGGCGUGGACAUAUCAGUGGCGACCAUAAAGCGAGUAAGGCGAGAGAAUCUUGGCUGGCGAAGCGAAAGAGCUCGCUAUUGCCAGUUUGUGCGCGAGCCAAACAAGAUGAAGCGACUUAUAUUUUGUCUAACGGCUUUGGAGGCGAAGGAUAGAUUCGAGGACGCUAUAUUUACGGAUGAGACAAGCGUGCAGAUCGAGCAGUACGCAAGAAUAUGCUUCCACAAAGAAGGAACACAGCCAAGACGUAAAGGCCGUUCAGUUCAAUAA